UGUUGCACAGAUGCAGAAUACGGAUCCUUAAAAACACAUAACAAGUGGUGCAGGAUGCUGCUUAAUGCGCAUACAUUUCUUGUUGCAUAGUGAACAUGAAGGCGUUAAGGAGAUCGAUCCUUUUAUUGGUGUGUUUGACGUUUUCAUUUAGAAUUAAGGCAUUUCAAUUAUCGUGGAAAGGCAACAGCUAUGAACAAUAUGCACGAGGCAACGGAUACAGAACCAGCAACGAUAGAUUCCACCAAUUAUCGGGCGGAAUAAUGCGUGAAGAUUGUUAUGACGGCGAUGGAACUAAAUACCGCGGGUUAAUGGCAUACGCUGAGAACGGACAGCCGUGCAUAGACUGUGCAGAUAUUGACGGCUUUAUUAGUUCAUACCCGAACAAGGGACUUGAAGAUGGUCCUUAUUGUCGUAAUCCUGUCAGUGCCGUUCGACCGUGGUGCUACGUAAUGGACAAACCACGCCGCUGGCGCUACUGUUCACGUUCGAACUGCAGACCGGAGACUCGUACUGCUAUUACCAAGGCUUGCCGCUUAGAAGAGUUCACAUGUAGUGAUGGACAAUGCGUUGUUGCCAGUUCCGUUUGUGAUAAUUACUGCAAUUGCGGACUUUGCGACGAUGAGCACAGCUGCACUUUUUGGCGCAUCCGACUCUUGAAUGGAACACACUAUUUUGGCAGGGUAGAGCUCACCAUUAAUAGUCUCAGUGGAACGGUCUGCGAUCGCUCAUGGGAUAACAAUGAUGCCACGGUCGUGUGCAAGUCACUUGGAUUCAGAUUUGGGCAUUCCAUGCCUCGGGGCCACUAUGGCCAUGGCACCGGACCAAUCUGGUUGUAUGACGUCGACUGUACAGGAGAUGAAACAGCGUUGUCGAGCUGUCAGCAUGGUGGUCUUGGAGUGUCAAACUGCGACCAUACCAACGACGUAGGCGUCAUGUGUAUGAACGAUGUGCCAACAGUUCCUAAAGCAGUUACAGAAGACCAAACCUUGAGGGUGGAGUUGGUUGAUGGACCAAAUACCCAUUCUGGACGUGUUGAAAUAAUUAUCGGGAACCGUCGCGGGACAAUAUGCGAUGAUUCGUGGGACGACAACUAUGCAUCAGUCAUUUGCAGAAUGCUUGGAUACGGUGGUGGAAAAGCUCUAAUCGAAGCUCCCUUCGGUCCAGGCAGAACGAGUAUCCUUUUCGAUGACGUUCAAUGUGACGGUAGCGAAACAUCUAUCAUUUCAUGCCCUCAUUCCGGUGUUGGUAUUCAUAACUGUGGGCACCACGAGGAUGCAGGAGUUUCAGAACAAAUCCUCAAUUUUAACGAGGACAUACAAUCAGCCUGUCUGCCGGAUGAAAGUACGAGAUACGAUCUUGGACUCAGGUGUCACAUCUCUGGUUGGGGAAAUAUAGCCUUUGAUGGAAGACAUACCGAUAAAGUAAACGUUAGACUGGUUGGUGGUGACGCACACUCUGGGCGCGUUGAAGUGAGUUACCAAGAUGAAUGGGGAACCAUUUGUGACGACGGUUGGGAUGAUAAAGAUGCAGCUGUUGUGUGCCGCAUGCUUAACCUGCCAUGGAUUGCAGCACAUGCAGUUAAGGGUUCAACGUUUGGUUCUGCGAACGAAAAGUAUGUGUUGGAUGAGGUCAACUGUAUUGGAACUGAAAUGUCUAUCGAGCAGUGUGCGCACCGAGCAUGGAAACUUCACGAUUGUAAGCCGUAUGAAUCAGCUAGCGUCGUCUGUGGCAGCGAUGCUGAUGGCACUAAAUGCCUCGAAGAUCAAUUUACAUGCGGUGAUGGACAAUGUUUGAAUGCCAAAGAAGUAUGUAAUGGUUCAUGUGACUGUAAGUCUGGCUGCGAAGAUGAGCGCAAGCAUGGAACACAUAACUGUUCAAGCAAUUUCAUUCAUUUGCAAAAUGGUACCCGAAAUAGAACCCACAUGACUGGUCGAGUGGAGAUUACCAAAAAUGGCCUCAUUGGAACAUUAUGCGAUGAUUUAUGGGACGACAAUGCUGCUACUACUGUCUGCAAAAUAUUUGGAUUCAGGUAUGGAACAGCAUGGUCAGCUGGUCAUUUUGGUUAUGGCACUGGUCCUAUCUGGUUGGAUGACUUCAACUGUACUGAAGCAACCUCGUUUUCGCAAUGCAAGAAACGCGGCUGGGGAAUUUCUGAUUGCGAUCAUACUGAAGAUGCUGGCGUGUUCUGUAGCAACGACUUGCCAUGGUCAAUUGAGGUGAAAGUAAGAAUAGAUUUAGUCGACGGACCUGACAACCGUGCUGGUCGCGUUGAAAUUAUGAUUGGCAACGAGCGAGAUACAAUAUGCGAUGAGUAUUGGGACAACACAGAUGCAACAGUCAUCUGCAGAAUGCUCGGAUAUGAAUUGAAUCUUAGGAUGUUAAACAGGCGUGACUUCAAGGUACACACUGGUAACAACGGCCGUCUGGUAUCUAAACAGGAUUUCGACUUGAAGCACCUGAUAACACAUCCCAAAUAUAGCCAUUUAACCGAAGAUUACGAUGUAGCUCUGUUAAUGGUCAAACUUAAGGAUGGGUUUGGCAUAUUGUACAAUAAAGAUGUGCAGCCGGCUUGUCUUCCGGAUGACAGUGUGUCAUACGAAUCUGGCCAAAGGUGCAACAUAUCUGGCUGGGGAGCAAAAUCAUUCGGUGAUAAAAAUGAACAGAAUGAGCUUCAUGCUGCUGAGGUUGGAAUACUCAGAGAUGAUGAUUGCCAAAAGAAAUACAAUAUUACACCAACCAUGUUUUGCGCUGGUGAUCUGGAGGGUGGUGUAGAUACCUGUCCAGGAGAUUCCGGUGGUCCGCUUGUAUGCAAUGUGAAAGGGCGAAUUUAUGUGUUAGGUGUCACAUCCUUUGGACUUGAAUGCGGUUUACCAGAAUUUCCUGGCGUCUAUGCUAAAGUAAAGGCAUUCCUGUCGUGGAUUUAUUCGGUUAUUGCAAGAUUUAAUACAAUCAUUUGAAAACAACGAACGAUUGAAAUAUCAAAACGUUUACGGAUAAAACAUAUAUAUUCUGUUACAUUGACGCAUUUCUGUAUUGCAUACUGUAAUAUGAGUGUUAUGUCUUAUGGUCAGUCACGAAUACAUUGGAAGGUAUGCACAGACAGAAGACAGACAGAAUAGUUUACUAACGUGUCACUUGUGUACAUAACAAUACCGUAAAGCAGUACAACAUCUGUCUUAAUACGUACAAAACCACUAUAAAAGAGUUUCGAGAGACGAAGGUGUUACGAGAGACAAUUGUGAUUCACGAUGCAUAUGUAUAUAUUGUUCGAAUCACUUUGAAAUAAACGAAAUGUAUAAGUUU